AUGUCGGCCCUCUCGCCCUCGUCCGCCGCGACUCCCCACCCUCAGCGCCCUCCACCGCCCUCUCUUUUCCUAGGACCUCCGUCUCGAAAUGCUUCGAACAUCAGUCUCCCACCCGCAGCCCCAGCCCCCUCGCAGCCCCGCGCCCCACUUCUCCGCUCUCGCUCCGCUCGUGCCCCUGAUCCUGCAUCAGCAACCCUUGGCCGUGCACGCCCACAGCCACCGCAGCCUUCCCAAACGGAAGGCGAUCGCACUGAUGCUCUUUGGGCGGAGAUGCAAGCGACCUUAGCUGAAGUGGAACUGAGUGCGUUUAGUAGUACACAUGUCUUCGGUUCGGCACAUAGUGCUGCGUUAGACGAAUUGAGGGAGGCGCAGAUUGCGUUGGCGAAAGUCUGGGGAAGGGGCGAGGCUAAGGAGGAGGAGGAGGAGGAGGAGGCGGAAACAGUCAAGGUGAAAAGUGGGCAGAGGAAGGAGGACGGGAAGUUGGAUGGGAAGACUGAUGGAGAGUCUGAGGAAGAAGAGGAUAUUGCUGAAGCAAGGAGAAGAAGAGAAGCUAAUGAGAAAUUCUUUAGUAGAGUGGGAAAGGGCGUGGUCGAUGUUGUGGGCAAGUUAGAAGGAGUAGCACAGGCCAUGGCGAAAGUCGAGAGGGAAAGUAGGGAGAUCUGGGGUGGAAGUGACAGCGUAGAGUCGAGUUCCGUUGCUACAUGA